AAUCGCCCUAGCGAAAAUUCCAGCUCAGAAACUGCAAUAUUUUCGAACAUUGCAUGGCUUCAACAGGGAUGGGUUUAUUGAUGGUCCUAGUGACCCUGUUCUCAUUCUGGGCAGCUACCAGGGCUCAAUCGGAUUGCACCAAUGUGAUAAUCACCCUCGCCCCGUGCCUCAAUUAUGUGAGCGGCAGCUCUUCCACCCCAUCCCCUUCUUGCUGCUCACAACUAGCUAGCGUUGUCAAGUCUAACCCCCGGUGCCUUUGCACCGUGCUGAACGGCGGCGGCUCGUCAUUUGGUGUUUCAAUCAAUGAGACGCUGGCUCUAGCGCUCCCUGGUGCUUGCAAUGUGGAAACUCCACCUGUUAGCCGAUGCAAUGCUGCUGCUGACGGACCUCUAACGUCUUCUUUUGUUUCUCCAGAGGGUUCCCCGGAAACUUCCCCGAGUGAUACUACUUCAGGAACCGGCUCGAAAGUAGUUCCAUCAAAUGCUGUGAGUGGGAGUGCUUCCAAUACUGAGAUCAUAAACACGCCCCGUCGACUUGUGCUCAUCUUAGCUGUGUUUAUGGUUCCAUUCGCAUUAACAGCGAGCAGUUUCUGAGUUCCCUCUGAGCUCAUAAUACUAUUUAAAAUUUGUCAGUUUCUGAGUUCCCAUAGCUGCACUGUACGUCAGCUCUCUGGUUAAAGUCUGUGUGGUUUGCUUAAUAUAUAAGUUAUGAGUGAGAUUUUACAAGCUUCCCUUUGGUGUGUGUUAUGGGAUGUAAGACUUGUUUCAAUCUAUUAUUAAUAAAUAAUCAUAACUAUUUUAGUUAA